AUGGCCGGAAACGGAAACAAUCCAAACGGCUACGGCUACGGCCAGAACCCGUACAGUGACACGAACGGCUCUCCCGCCCGCUCAUACUCUCCAGCCGACGCAAUGUCUUAUAUGGCCGCCCGCGCCGGCGCCAACCGCGCCGCCUUCCCCGCCGCCUUCCCUCCCCCCUACGGCCACGGCGUCAACCGCGGCCCGACCUACGGGGACACCUACGGCCCAAACUCAGCCACCGCGAUGGGCUUCGGCUACGGCAGUCGCUCUGCCACCAAGACCACCGCCAACACUUACGACGCCGGCAGCUCGACCUGGACCGACGGCCCGCGCUACCCCUCCGGCCCUCCCAGCGCGGAUGCCCUGCGCGGCGCGGCGGACAUGGCCGCCACGGCGGCGCGCCGGGCGCGCAACCCGAAUGGGUACAUCCCCGGCGGCGGCGGCAACGGCAGCGGCCCGAGCAGCGGGUUCGGGGGCGGCUGGAGAGGCCCCAACGGUCCCGUCCCGAUGGGCAUGGCGGGCUCGGGCUGGCCCGGCACCAAGCCCGGAACAUCUUACGGUCCUGCUCGUGACGUGAAAAGAGACAACAUGGCGGAUGGGCAUGGGAAUGACAAUGAGCACGGAAACAGCAAUGCCUGGGGUCACGGGGGCUACAACGGCAACGCCUGGGGCCAUGGCGGCAGUGGCAAUGGCCAAGACCCUGGGUAUUGA